AUGGCGGACCCCGGGCUGACCGCGGGUGGCGGUCCUCUGGAAACAUGCGGUCUGGACCGGAUUUUGGAGGCGCUGAGGCUGCUGCUGAGCCCGGGAGGAUCAGGCUCAAGUUCACUACAGAUCACAAAACAUGAUGUCUUGUUGGCUACUUUAAAAUCUAACCUGUCUGCUUUGGAGGACAAAUUUCUGAAGGAUCCUCACUGGGAGAAACUGAAACUCCUAAGGGAUGAAAUUGCUAAUAGGGCAGAGUGGCCCCAAAACUCUGUGGAUGUCACCUGGAGUUUUACCUCUCAAACCUUACUGUUGCUCUUGUGCUUGAAGGAAACCAUGAUCCACCUUGCUGCUGAUUUCAUUCCAGCUAAACCCAACCCAAGGACUCCAGAAGCCGCCCCUGCCCUGAGCCCAGAUACACUCAGUAUCUCCCAGCAGAAGACUGUCCAGUCAGCUUUACAGUUUGUGGUCACCUUGGGCAUCUGCCCCUAUCUCAUGCCUGGUGUUGGAGUUCCCUUGAGAUACAGGACUGAGUUUGGGGCUGUUGUUCAAGACGUGGUGUGUCUCGAUGCUGCCCCCGAUGCAACCCGGAGACUGUAUACCAGCUGCAGGGUCCUCCUAAAUGUUGCUCAGCACGCAUCUCUGGGGAGCUUGAUUUUCUGCCGCCAUUUUGGGGAUAUUGCAGCAGGUCUGUGCCAACUGGGAUUCUGCCCAACCAAGAGAAAAUCACUAAAAGCUGAAGAAGAGGUGUUAACCGAAGAGGAAAGAGCCCUAUCUAGGGAGGCCUUGAGAGACAUCUUGGAUCAAGUGUAUCAACCAUUAGCAGUCCGAGAAUUACUUAUCCUCCAGGGAGGACCACCUCAGUCCUGCACAGAUGUGAAGACACAAGUUAGAUGUCGGGCCCCCGCUUGGCUUCGGCGUCUGUGUGGGCAGCCGCUCUCUGAAUUUCCAAAGAAACUAUUUUCUUGCCAUUUUUCUAAAACAUUCGUGACACACUGCUCACAUUCUGGAGUGGCUGGUGGGAGUGAUGCGGAGGCAACAGCUGCUGACUGGAAAAAGUGUGACUUGAUUGCAAAGAUUUUGGCCUCUUGUCCCCAGCAGUCUCUCUCACCAGAGGACUACUAUAGAGAUACCUGCCCCCAGAUCCUGGAUUUAUUUCACUUUCAAGAUAAAUUAACAGCACGACAAUUUCAGAGAGUUGCCACCACUACCUUCAUAACUAUGUCAAGAGAACACCCACAAUUGGCAGCAAAGUAUUUGCUUCAGCCAGUAUUAGCGCCUCUUCAUCGAUGUUUAAAUACAGCAGAGAUUCCAGAGAAUGACAUGGUGCCAGGGACCAUUUUGGUGACAGAAGAAGAACUUAGUAGAUGUAUUGAGGAUGUAUUUAAGGUGUACGUGGUGGGGAAUGAACCUUUAACAGUUUUGGUGGAUUCCCUGCUUCCCGUCCUGGGAGUGCUCUUUUCUCUCUACUGCUUUACCAAGCAGAGCGUGUCUCACAUAAGGUCACUUUGCCAAGAGAUCUUAUUAUGGAUUCUGGGGAAACUGGAGAGGAACAAAGCAGUUGCCAGCCUAAAAGGAUUUGCGGGAUUGGACAGAUCUGAGCCUUCACUCCAUUCUCUGUGUCAGUUCAGAGCUGCCACUCAAGGUGGUAUUAUGGUUACCAUCAAAGAGGCCAUUUGUGAUGAAGAUGAAGCCCUGUACCAGAAGGUAUCCUCAGAGCAGUGCCAGCUAGAGCAUCUCGGGGACUUGCUGUCCCACUGCCAGGAAUGUGGGUUGGCUGGUGACUUCUUCAUCUUCUGCUUGAAGGAGUUGACUCAUGUGGCUGUGGAAAAUGAAGCAGAGUUAAAAACGCAGCACUUCUCCAGCAAAAGCCUCUUGGAAUUAGAACAGCACCAGACUCUUCUGGUGGAAGGCCAGGAGCAGAAGCUGCUGGUCCUGCAGCUGUUGGCUGUUCUGUGCGAGAGGAUGUCUGAGCAGAUAUUCACAAACAUCACUCAGGUGGUGGACUUUGUAGCAGCAACACUGCAGCGAGCAUGUGCAAGCUUGGCCCACCAGACAGAGAGCACCGUGGAAUCACAGACACUGAGCAUGUCCAUGGGGCUGGUGGCUGUCAUGCUGGGAGGAGCUGUUCAGUUGAAUUCAAGUGAUUUUGCUGUCCUGAAGCAAUUGCUGCCUCUGUUGGAGAAGGUCUCUAUCACACACCCAGACCCUGUCAUCCAAGAACUCGCUGCUGACCUUCGCAUCACCAUCUCUACCCAUGGAGCCUUUUCUACCGAGGCUGUCAGUGUGGCUGCCCAGAGUACCCUGAACAAAAAGGACCCAGAAGGGAAAACAGAAGAGCAACAACAAACCAGUCAUGAAAGAUACACUGAUGUGUCGCAUAGCCACCUCGAACCACAGCAAAGCCACGAGAAACCCAAUCAAACUGGCCUGAAGUCUAGUGCUCCACUCAUUCCUCAGGAGGCCAGUGAGUCCAGCAUUACUGCAAACGAGAAAUCUGGAAGCAUAACCACAGAACAGCUCCAGGAAGUUCUUUUAUCUGCUUAUGACCCUCAAAUUCCAACUCGGGCUGCUGCCCUGCGGACUCUUUCUCGCUGGAUAGAACGGAGGGAAGCAAGAGUCCUUGAGGUGCAAGAGAAGCUUCUCAAGAUAUUCUUGGAGAACUUGGAGCAUGAAGAUGCCUUUGUAUAUCUGUCUGCUAUCCAAGGGAUCGCCCUGCUCUCAGAUGCGUACCCGGAGAAAAUUUUGAUUGGCCUGUUGGCUCAGUAUGACAGCAGCAAAGACAAACAUACGCCCGAGACCAGAAUGAAAGUCGGGGAAGUCCUGAUGCGAAUUGUGAGGGCAUUAGAUGUUCCUUCUUAUGUACCAUCCCACGCUUGCCGUGUCAUCAGUGCCAAGCCGGCUGCUUUGGCUGGACCACAAGUAACAGCUUGUCUGAUUGCUGUGGCUAAAACAGACCAUGAAGUUCAAGUGCGCAGAGCUGCCAUCCAUGUGAUUGUGCUGCUGCUUCGGGGACUCAGCCAGAAAGCUACAGAGGUGCUGAGGGACGUUCUCAAGGAUCUCUACCACCUGCUGAAGCAUGUCGUGCGUUCGGAGCCUGAUGACGUGGCCAGGCUCCAUGCCCAGCUGGCUUUGGAAGAGCUGGAUGAAAUAAUGAGAAACUUCCUGUUUCCACCACAGAAGCUGGAGAAAAAGAUUGUGGUCCUGCCGUAGACCUGGCUGGCUCAAAGGCCCUCAAGGAGGCAGAGAACCAAGUAGCCAGAGCAGUGCCCACGCCUUUAGCAGGUGGCCCACUGCCUCUUCGAUGCUGGCAAUAUGGCUGACCCUGGAGGUGGCUUUGUGUCUCUCUGGUCAAGAGGCAUUUCAGAAUGCAGUUGGAGGUAGGGAGGGGAAGGAAGUUGUUAUGGAAACAUGCAGAAUGGAAUAAAAUUACCCUGGCUGGAAAGAGAAACAAGUCUGACUCUGGUCCUCUG